AGUUGCCCAGACGAGCAGAUGCAACUGCGUUGUCGCGCUGGCACAAAUUGAGUCUGGAAUCGAAAUAUAUAUCGGAUAACACAUAAAAUAAGGAAUUUAUAUAGGCAUGGCGCUGGAGGCGCUCGUCACGGCUUUGGCCUGCCUUAGCACCACCACGAAUGGCACGAGUAACCUGCCAGGAAAACACUUUUCCGUGAUAACAAGAAACUCGGCGGAGCCUUUUCUACUAGCUGAAAAUGACACUGCUAGUUGUCCUGUGAGCACUUUGGGUGGCCUAGCAGCUCGCAUACAAUUUAUGACGGACGAGCUGCAAACGCUUAAAACUGAACUUAAUGAACUGCAGCAGAUUAUUGAUGAAUACAGGAAUCAGGAUACAGGAGUUCCCAUAGCAACCAGAUUACUCCGCCCAUUGCCAGCUAGUCUGCAGACCUUUCCCUUGGCCCUGGCCACGCCCACUGACGAUACGCCCCGGAAUUGCUAUGACGAAAAGCACGGCGAGGUGAGGAUCAGGAUUGCUCCGGAUAUGGAGCCCUUCUUCGUGAGCUGCGACCAGAUGGUGAGAGAUGGCGGCUGGUUGGUCAUCGCAUACCGGUUCGAUGGCAGUGAGGAAUUCAACAAGGAUUGGCAGGCCUAUAAGUCUGGUUUCGGACCCCUCAACGCGGAGUUCUUCAUCGGAAUGGAUAAGCUGCAUCGCCUGACCAACAGCGAGCACCACGAGUUGCUCAUUAUCAUGAAGAAUAAGAACGGGGAGGAGCGUUUCGCCCUCUACAAUCACUUUAGUAUUGGCAGCGAAUCGGAGAAGUAUCUGCUAUAUGUGCUUGGCGCCUACACAGGAGAUGCUGGUGACUCGCUGCGUUAUCAUGCCGGCAAGAAGUUCACCACCUACGACCAGGAUAACGACGACAAUGGGCAGAACUGCGCCAGGACUCACGCAGGAGCCUGGUGGUACGGAAGAGAGUGCUUUGAGAGCAACCUCUUUGGCACAUUCCAGUCGAAGUACGGCCACGAGAUUGGCUACUUCAAGGGCAUCCUGUGGAAGACCUUCCUGCCAGGACCCACCGGUUCGCUCAGCUACGUUCGCAUGCUCAUCCGACCGCUCAAGAAAUCGUAGAGGAAACUGGGAAAUUCAAUUGCAAAGACUCCUUAGCCAUAGACUACAAUAAAUGUCGACUAUUUAGUAAUUCAAGAUA